CAAGAAUCUCUAAAGGAUCUCCUCGUUUUAUUGCAUUAUGUCGCGCAUUAUUCACUUGUUUGAAUAUGUGAUCCACAUUAAACGUAUUGAAAUAUUCCGGUUUAACCAAACCAGAUAAAUACACAUUUUAAAGAAUUCGAUAGAAAUUAAAAAAGAUAAUCGAAAGUAAAGAGUGGAUAAGCCAUUAAUUUCAGCGGUCGAGAAAGAAAGAGAGAACAAAGAGGAUCCAUGGCGGAAUCUGAUUGCUUCUCCUUCGUACCAGAAGACGUCGUCUUCAACAUCUUCUUCAAACUCCAAGACGAUCCUCGAAACUGGGCUCGUCUCGCAUGCGUCUGCACCAAAUUCUCCUCUAUCGUACGAAACGUCUGCUGUAAAUCUCUCUGCUACUCUUCAAUCCCCACCGUCGUCUCCGAAUUCCUCCCUUCUUCCUCCUCCGCCGCUUCCGCUUCUUCAUCUUCUUCGUCUCUUCCUCCUCCCGGUGGCUGGGCUUCUCUCUACAAACUCGCCGUCUGUUGCCCCGGUCUCUUCCACGCCGGAAUCCUCCUCGAAAACUCCGAUUUCGGUUUAGAACGUGAGCUCGGUCCCGAUCAAAGCCUCGAUCCGAAACCUAAACCGACGGAUCCGGGCCAAUUUUCGAAACAAGUCGAAUCUGGUUUGCAAACGUCGUCGUUUCAGUCUACCUCGAAACAAAUCGGAUCUGGUUCAGAAGAAAUGCCGUCGCUUCAGUCAGUUACGAAACCACUCGGAUCUGGUUUUGAAACGUCGCCGUUUCAGUCAGUUACUAAACAAAUCGGCUCUUAUUUAGAGAAAACGCAGUCGUUUCAGUCUGUUUCUAAACAAGUCGGAUCUGGUUUAGAAGAAACGCAGUCGUUUCAGUCUGCUUCGAAACAAAUCGGAUCUGGUUUAGAAGAAACGCCGUCGUUUCAGUCUGCUUCGAAAGAAAUCGGAUCUGGUUUAGAUAAAACGCAGUCGUUUCAGUCUGUUUCUAAACUAGUCGGAUCUGGUACAGAAACGCAGCCGUAUUGGUCACUCUACGACGAUCUCUACACAGACACACUCCCCGCUCCUCCAGAAGCUUCCGUCCCCGAACCACAAGAACCCACCGAAACCACCGAGAUCCGACCCGGCCACAGCGACCUCCCAGCCAAGAAACACCGCAAGAUCUCCCGAUCCCUCGGAUCCCACCUCGCUUCCGGAGGAUGGAAGCUAAGCCGGGAGGAAGGCAACAAGCUCCUCGCGAGCAGGUUCCGCGGGGACUGCCUAUACAUAUGCGACUGGCCAGGGUGCAUCCACGUGGAGGAGAAGCGUAACUACAUGCUGUUCAGAGGGGUGUUCAAGGAUUUCAAGAGGUCACGAGUGUGGAGGACGAUCAAGGACGUUGGGAGGAGUAGUAAGGUGAAUGGGUUGAAGUGUGCGUUUUGUGAGUGUGAGGAGACGUGGGAUAUGCACUCGUCGUUUUGUUUGAGGAGAGUGUUUGGGUUUCAUGAUGAUGGUGAGCCUGCUGUCAGGGCUUAUGUUUGUGAGAAUGGGCAUGUCUCUGGUGCUUGGACUAAUUUGCCUCUCUACACUUGAAAAGGUUGAAGGUUGUGUCUGGAAGAGAAAAAAACUGUGUCUUUAUUGUUUUUUGAUGCUUUGUAGGAACUAGGAACUGUGAUCGUUUAUUUGUGUUGUUGAUCCUAAUUUUAUGUAUAAGAAACGGGAUUCAGUUUCUGUCUUUGCUUGUACGGUUGUUUUAUUAUCAAUUUGCUUUGGGUUGUCUUGUUUGAUGCUUUGUAGGAACUGUUAGCGUUUGUGUCGUUGGUUCUGACUCAUGUAGAAGUUAUACGUUGACUAAAUUAAUGUGGUGGUUUUUUAUAUGAAAUUAGAUUCACUUUCAUUUUUAUCUUAUGAU